AUGGAAACGCUGGGGCCGUCGCCAGCGCCAGGGCAGAAGCGCACGUUCGUGUCGCGUUUCUUCCCGAAUAGCGAUACCAACUAUAUCCGGAGAUACAAGUUCCUGGAGGAGCCUGAGCCCUCCGAGACCGCCGCGUCGGGAACGCCACCCCCCGACGCCGCCAGCGACCCUGCCGAAAAGCAUGUCCACAAGGCGCAGCUCGAGGAUGGUAUGGUCGAGCAGGUGAAUGGGCCGUAUCGCGGCGAGAUUGCAAAGCCCGUCCAGCGGUCGCUCGGCUUCUUUGGUGCCUUUUUCAACAUGAUCGCCUACUCGAUCGCGCUCGGUAUUUUGAGUAUUCCGAUGGUCGUGGCGACGAUCGGUAUGGUGCCGUUCGUGCUGCUGUGCUGCCUGUUCUCGUUCCUGACGUGGUACAUCGGCUACAACUACUGGCGCAUCGCGAUGAUGUACCCGGGCGUGCAAAACCUGCAGCAGGUCGGCGAGCUGAUCUUCGGGCCGAUCGGCGGCGUCAUCUUUGCGACGUUCCAGGCCAUCUUCAGCGUCUUCUUGCAGGGCAACCACGUCCUGCUGGGCGGCUACGCGUUCUACUACCUCGGCUGGGACGCGUGCAUGAUCGUGAUGGUGCUUGUCUUUACGAUCAUCUCGUUCGUGUUCACGCUGCCGCGCUCGUACCGCCUGUUUUCCGCGUUUGCGGCCAUCUCGUUCACGUCGAUCUUUACGGUGGUCAUCAUCGCGAUGAUCGCAAGCGGUGUCUCCGGCCCCCAGAACCGUGACCCGUCCGAGCCGCCCAAGGCCGUCCACGCGUUCGGCGCGUCGCGGCGUAUUCCCCACAGCUUCCUCGACGGUGUGCUUGGCACGACGAACGUGUUUGUGAGCUUUGGUGCGAUUCCCGCGUACCUCCCGGUGGUCGCCGAGAUGAAGCGGCCACAGGACUUCCACUACAGCCUCAUCAUGCUGGUCGCCGUGUCGUUCGUCAUGUACGUCAUCGUGGGGUGCAUCAUGAACUACAACCUCGGGCAGUUCACGACGUCGCCCUCGCUCGGCAGCCUGACCACGGUCAUGAUCAAGGUGUCCUACGGCCUGGCCCUGCCGACGAUCCUCGUCGCCGGCUGCGCGAGUGGCCAGGUCACCGGCAAGAUGUUCAUGAUCAACGUGUUCUCCGGCGCCCGCCGCCGCUUCCUCGACAACAAGGUCGUCACCUGGACCGUGUGGAUCGUCAUUAACAUCAUCUCGUGGGCCCUGGCCUUCGUCCUCGCCGAGGUCAUUCCCUUCUUCAGCACAUUCCUUGGCCUUGAAGCCUCGCUCUUCUGGAGCGUCUUCUUCUUCUUUGCGCCCAUGUUCUACCUGUGGCGCCACCAGUUCGACUACUGGAACCACUGGCGGAACCGCCUCGGCACCAUCGUCGCCCUCGUCAUGAUCGGCAUGGCCGGCUUCUUCAUGAUCGCCGGUACGUGGGCCUCCGCCGUGUCGAUCCGUGAUCUGUACAAAACCGGCAACGUCGGAAGCCCCUUCUCGUGCGAGAUGCCCAGCUCAUAG